AUGGCGACACAACAACCGCCCUCGGCGCAAACACCCCCUCCACAAUCCUCCCAGCCAACAACAGACAACACAGCAGCAGCGCCCAAGACCCAGACCCCACAAUGGCUACACAACAGCGCGAUCGGCGUCGCAAUCCUCGGCCCCAUAGCCCUCCUCAUGCCCCCGCGGCGGGUGGGCCUGCAGGCGAUGCUCCUGUCAGGCGGCACCUUCUGGGCGACCAACGUGCUCGCGUACGACUGGACGGGCGAAUCGAUGACGCAGCGGUUCGACCGGCGGUGGCAGACCAUGUUCGCCAGCGGGCUUCCCGAGAAGGCGAAGCGGAACCAGGAGCUCAUGCGCCUGGAGAGGGAGAGGAGGGAGGCCCUGUUGCCCGAGGCAGAGCGGAAAGCGCUGCAGGAGGCGAGGGAGAAGAAGGAGGCGGCGUCCCGGGGCAUCGUCUCGAGGUUAUGGAUGGGCGGUGAGAAGGAGGACUGGAGGGAGGAGAGGGCCAGGAAAGAGAAGGAGACGCUCGAAAAUGGCGAGGGAUACGGGACGCUUAUCAUGGAUCAGGUCAAGGAGGUCUUCAGCGGUUCCAAGAAGGGAGCCGGCGAGGAGGGAAAGGAAGGCAAGUCUGAGAAGGACGACAGCAAGAAAUAA